GCAUACUUUUCCAAAGGAGGCUAUAAGAAACAGGGUUCGCACACAUUCAAUCCGCAAAUCUUUGCGUACUGCCAUAGUCUAAUACUGCUCCUCACUCUUUCUCUCCAAUUAAAAGCCCUGAUUGCUAAAGAUCUGCACGAUAAUAUAUUCGGAUUUGCUUCAUUUCUAUCCUGGGUUUCUCUAUUGCCUACCUGCAUUGCGAGAAGCUGAGACUGUUUGGACGCCUUUCAGCUUGUAUACAAGAAAUAAAAUGUCUUGAUCAGUAGUGGGAUCGUGAAUGGCAGAAUAUGUUGUGGUUCCACUAGGCGUGCAUCUGCCUGUGUACAGAAAUGGUACAAAUAAGCAAUUCUUUACGCUUGCAAAUGCGCAGCCUCUAUUACGCAGGCAGUAUCACUCUCGAAGCUGCAAGAGUAUUCAGUUUUCGUCAUGGAAUUCUUCAAAGCUAACGUGUCACUUUACAAAUCCAAAAAUUCACGCAGUGCGGGAGAGUUUCAUGUGUUUUUGCCUGGGUGCCCUUGUAAAUGCUGAUUUUGUGUCUGCUCCUGAGUGGGUCCCCUAUGUUGAUCAGGUGCUUCUCAUGGCCAGCAUAUUUCUGACCUACAGUGCAGGUGUAAUUCCUGGUGGAAAGCCGCUUUCAGAUGCUCGUCGGAGCACCUCGAAUGAUUUCACAGUCCCAAAAAACUCUUCCCUGUCGGGUAGUUCCAUGGGGAAUGAUAAUCAAGAUAACCUUCAUUUUGCCUGGGACUUAGUUGCAGCCAAAUUACUGGAUUCCCUAUAUGCCAGGGAACAGGCUGUAAAUGUCAGCGACAGACUUUCUGGCAUCAAUGAAGACCUUGCAUUGCAUAGGUCAAGUUUGCGUGCUCUUGCAGAGCUUCCCAGGAUUCGCUGCUUGUGGACUUGUUUUAAUUGGCUCAGGAAAGAGGCAGGCACUGUGGAUCAUAUCUCCGGAAGCUCUACUGUGGAUUUGACUAUGGUUAUGACACGAAUCUUUGAGAGCUCCUUUCAGCCAUUGUGCCUGACUUGGCUUGAAGAAGAGCUUUGCCUUAAAAAUAACAGUCCUAACAAGGCUCUUCUUUCUUCGAUGAUUGAAAGAUUAAAAGGAUAUAGCAGCAUUUUGAAGUACAUUAGAAAGUCAGGCAAGGAAGAUUUAUAUGCAGAGCUGAUAAGUGCUCUUAGUUUUGGUUACAAGGGGAUGAGUGGCUGUUAUGGACCUGGCUUUUUUACCCAGCAUGGAGUCUCUGUUUUAGAAGAUUUGGUUAUUACCAUAGCGGAGGGAAUUGCAAGCAUGUACUUGGAACUUAUAUCUGUAGAUGGUAGCAUGUCCACUGAAAUGAACAGCCUCGGUUUAAAUUUGUGUACUUUGUCAACCAGAGCACUUCAGAGAUUACGCAAUGAGGUGGCAUUGCACCAGUGGUUGCAUCAGAACAUGGAAUCUGUUGUUUCUAUGUACGAAGAUCGCUUUGAACUACGUACUUUUGAAACCCAACUUGUUGAGGAAUGCAGCCAAAGGGAGGCUGAAAACUUGGGUUGGUGGAAGAAACUUAGCCUGCAGAGAUCUAGAACUACAUCACCUUCUUUAUCUUUUCUCAUCAUAAUGCACACUUCCAUAUCUAUUAAGCGGACCAAGGAACUAAGGGCUUUGACUGGGUGGCAGUAUUACUUCAGUCUAUUUCUUGAACUGUCUGACAUUGCAACACCAUUGAUUAGAACUCUUAUUGGUAAAGUCAGUGAUGCAAUCUCCUUCUUUCUGGUCUGUUUGAUAGGGAGAUCAUUGGGGCUUAUCUACUCUGGAAUAAGGCAGUCUCUGCGAUGGAAGUGAGACAUGCCUAGUGCUUCCCUUGUUGAGUUUUUCUCGAUCAUGUGUGUCCUCUUGGCAUUGAUAUGGGGCAAAGUUCCUUCUGGAAGAGAGCACUUUGUUUUUGUUUUGAGGGUUUUUUCAGGCAAUUGUUCACUAGUUGGAUAUAAUUGCGCUUACUUUAUAUAGUGAAGGGUCGGUUUCAUUUUUUGCAGCUGUAUUUGAGACAGAUGCCCCUGUUUUUCUAGCAGCUAGAAGAUUCUUUGUUUGAGGGCCAGUAUACUUGAAAUGUUAUAGUCCUGUUCUGGAGAUCCAUAUAUAUUGUUCGAAACCCAUAUCCGCCGCACAUAUUUCCCUUGUAAUAGCCUGAGUUCAGAGACAACACAUCGUAAUACUGGAAUUGUUUGUCUACUGUCA